UCAAGAAUGAUUUUAAAAGAAACAGUCUCAUAAUGACGGACGAAGUGCGACCAGAAGUGAUAAAGAAAACGCAAGAUUUGCUUGGAAAAUAUUUUAAAAAACCGCCGUUAACAGAGAAAUUGCUUCGAAAACCGCCGUUUCGUUUUCUUCAUGAUAUUAUAACAGCUGUCAUUAAGGAAACGGGCUUCUUAGAAGGAUUAUUCACCGAGGAAGAGUUAAAUUCAGAUAAUAUAAAAGAUAAGGAAACAAAGCUUGCCUUUUUGACAAAACUUAUUGAUGUUGUCAGUGAGUAUUUCAUUUUAUUGUAUCACCAUAUUAAAUAUGCAUAUGACUAUAUUUUCUUUUUAGAAUUAAUUUCGGGUGCUAAUUUAACGGUCAGGGCAAGUAAAAUUAUUUCCGGUCAAGAGCCGACGAAGACAAAUGAAUUGCUGCAAGCUAUUGGGAAAGCUCUUGAUAAAAAAGUCAGUAGUGCAGAGGCAAUUGAACAUUAUAAGAGUUUGGAUAAGAAAGCGAAGACAGGAGCAAAGUCCAAAUCCACAACUAAAGAGGAAGCUGUGAAAAAGUCUGUACCAAGACAAGCUUCACAAACAAGGAAGUCAUCAGAGAGAGAUAAGAUCUCUGCAGAGCGAAAGAAAAGAUCGUCCAGCACAGGAAAAGUAGCGGGCGAUACAAAACGUGCUGAUGAUAAGGCCAACAAAAAGAAGGCAAAAGAAGAGAAUGAUAAAAAAGAAGAAAAUACAAAGAAUUUUGAAGCUAUAGAUAUUCCACCGGCCGAGCCAAUUGAGAACAAAGUGCCUGCUUCAGCGCGAAAAAGACCUUCGUCUGUUAAGACAAAGCAAAAUAUCGCAGCAUCAGCGCCUGUUAUUGAAUCGACAAAAGAGGAACAGGUUCAAAAGAGAACUUCUUCUAGUAGAGUAAGACACUCCGCGCAAGUGAAUAGCUUGCGUGAGCAGCCAAACUUGUCUCCCGAAAUUACAUCUUUUAACAAUGAAGAGCAAAAUAAGUCAAUAACGACCAAUUCCAACAAGGAAACCAAGGAAAAUGAGAUAUCAGAUGAAGUGCGGCAGCGAAGUGCUGAGAAAAGCGAUCAACCAAUAUCAGAGUUUACAGAAUCUCAAGUCGAUAAUACCGAAACGACUGUUUUGCAACAAUCGGACGCAAGACCUAAAACCUCUUUAAGACCGCCUAGCGCCAGACCUAUCAGUGCAAGACCGGCAGCUCCCAGGAUGAGAGCAAAGGCAGAGCUGAUUGUCAAUGAGGAAAUACAGACCCCAGUGGGAAACAUCAGCGUCAUUGUAGAAGACGCCGACUUGAAAGAUGACGAUGAUGCCGAAGAUAUGGUAGUUAUGGAAACCAAAGGAAGCAGCGGUGAUUUUUUAGAAAAUGGGGAUUACAAGAUAGAUAAUCAGCUAAUGCAGGAGCAUGGGCAUCUCGUAGCGCAAAUUUUAGAGACUCAAAGGGAAUUGGUGAACACCGACAAUGUCGAUGUGUUGCCGAAGAAAGUAGACAUCGCAUGGGAAUCGGGUUCGAAACGCGACAGAGAAACAACGGCUAAGGAAAUCGAUAAAUUACGGGGAACUAUACAGUUGCUAACACGUACGACAAAUCCUUUGGGGAAACUGUUAGAUUAUGUACAGGAAGACGUAGAAAUGAUGCAAAAAGAACUAUUAGAUUGGAGGAAUCAGUAUCGCAAGUUGAGCGAACAAUUAGAAAGAGAACAAAGAGAAACGGAAGAAAUGAUAGAACCUAUGAAAGAAAUGCUGAAAGAAGUUGAAAAUAACAUAAAGACCCAAUUAGAUAAAAUAUUACAAGUAAAAGCGCAAGUAUUUAAAAAUAACCAAAAAAUUCGGCUGUUACUCAAUGGUAAUUUAUAAUCAUAAUUACUACUGUAUAUUAAAUUGUAAAUAAUUUUAUAGAUUAUU